CAAGCAAGGUUUUCACAACCGCAGAGGAAUGCUGACUUGUAUUCAUCUGUAAUAGGGAUAUUUUACUUUCAACCAUCAUCAUCAUCAUGCGCUGGCUACUGAUUGGAUGUUAUGGGCUUGCUUUGGUCAGCCUCUCAUUGGCCUUGGAACUAAAACAGUCACUCUACCAGAUGCCCCGGUUCCUUCGGAUGAGAACCGAAUCAGAGAUGACCAUUGAAUGUCAGGGCAGGCCGGCAAAACUGUCUGACAAUAACUGGAUAGAGUGGUAUAUGGCGACUAAGUAUGACAAAAAGAUUGAAGAUCGCAUCAAACUAUCAAACAAAAAAGGGGUCAAUAUUGUAGGGCGCCACCUCUUCAUCAAACCUCUGACCGCAGAGCACACUGGAGUGUAUUACUGCAAACUGAACAGCACAUGGGGAUCAGGGACCGAAGUGCAAGUUUUCAGGCCAACAAAACGUGAAGACUUACUUCGCAGGAGCAAGAUGAAAGACACUCUCAUCAUCCUCCAGGGCCUGUUGCUGGCCAUAUGUGUUGCUGCUUUACUACUACGCAACCAGACACUGAUAAAGAAAAAGGAGUCCAUUUAUGAAAUACCUGAAACUGAUCAUAUCUAUGAGGGCUUGGCGAUCGAGUCGUGUGCAGGAGGUCUGUACGAGGACAUCUCUGUGUAUGCUCAGCCUGAGGGCGCUGAGGCCCCCUGGGAGCAGGACUGAGACUGCUGUGCCACUUGUUGCUGCAGACCUCACCGCCUCAGCACACUUACCAUAAGUUUUACUCAGCGUCCCAAGAGAGGGUCCUGCCCAGACAAAGAAAUGUUUCACUUUCAUCCAAUGAGAUGAGCUGUUGUGGUAACUAAACAAAACAAAGCAAAACGAAAAAAGCACUUGUGGUUAAACGGCAUAUUCAUCCUACAGUGUUUGCUAUGUGUCAUCAUGCUUUUUUGCUGUUAAUUUGCAGUGGACUGAACUGAUAUCCUGAUGUGUUGGUGCUAUUUGAGUGAGAUAGUAGCUGUGCUGAGCUCACCUCUCUGCAUGCUGUGAGCACAAAUCUGACUGAGGUGACAUCUCCUGUAGCACAAUUUAACCUUUCUACAGCUCAAACAUGACAAAAGCGCCUUUUUUUUUUUUUUUUUUUUUUUUUGGUGCUUCGAGUGGCUUUUUUUUAAUGAAUAGUGCUGCAUGUUGUUUGAUGAUGAGUUGUUUGACAAAAAUGUGUGGUUUAUCUUGUUUGUCCCUCAUAUCUUUGUACGUAAACCCU